UACUGGGCCUGGAUCGAACCGAUCAAGAUCCCCUUCCGCGGCUACGAAAACAUGCAACAACGCAGUCCACUCAUGACACAAUUUGAGAGCAGCCUCAUAAUCUACUUCCUCGGCGACCUCGCAGCCCAAACCAUGCAAACAAACGUCUACAUCGACGGCCGGUACGAACCCAUCCGCGGUGUGCGAGCCUUGGUAAUUGGCGGAAUCUCUAGCAUCCCCAGCUACAAAUGGUUCCUCUUCCUCGGUCGACACUUCAACUACGCCUCCCACAUUAAGAGCCUCGCGGUCAAGAUUACGGUCAACCAGAUGUGUUUCACGCCCGUGUUCAACACGUAUUUCUUCGGCAUGCAGACCUUGCUCGCGGGCGGGUCUUGGGCGGAAGCGAAGGAGAGGGUAGUGAACACGGUUCCGAGGUCGUUUGUGAGUAGUUGGAAGGUCUGGCCUGUGAUCACAGCGUUUUCGUUUACGUUUAUACGGCCGCAGAAUCGGAGUGUGUUUGCUGGGGUAUUUGCGGUGUUUUGGCAGACUUAUUUGAGUUGGUUGAAUCGGACGGCGGAGGCCGCGGAGAAGGAG